AGGCAAAAGAAGACAGGUCUCCACUCGACCGCCUUGAGAAGUUUUCUGACUGGUCGAGGCUAGUACAAGCAGUUGCCAGAUUGAAACGACGAGUCAAAGAACACAAAGGUGAGAAACAAAGAACGAAUGAGAGUACAAGUUUAGAAGAAAGGAAGGAAGCAGAAAUUGCUAUCAUCAAGCUAGUUCAAGAGGAAGCGUUCCCAGAUGAGAUAAAGAGCUUGAAAGUAAGGGAAGUUAUAGCCAAGACCAAGUACAGCAACCUGAACAAGUUAAGUCCAGUGUUGGAUGAAGAAGGAGUGCUAAGAGUGGGAGGACGCUUGAGCCAAGCCGCGUUACAUCCACACGUAAAGCAUCCAGCUAUACUUCCAAAGAACAGCCAUAUAUCAGCACUACUUAUCAAGCACUUCCACGAAAGAGUGCAUCAUCAGGGACGUGGACUCACUUUAAACGAACUGCGAGCUAACGGAUGGUGGAUCCUAGGAAGCAGCAGCGCAGUAUCGUCACACAUCUUCAAAUGUGUCAAGUGUCGAAAGUACAGAAGAUGUACUGAGGAACAAAAGAUGGGUAACUUACCUCAAGACAGAAUGGAAACAACCCCUCCGUUCACCUACACCGGCAUAGAUUGCUUCGGCCCUGUCUAUGUAAAGGAAGGGAGAAAAGAGAUUAAAAGAUAUGGACUUUUACUCACAUGUCUAUGUUCAAGAGCUAUUCAUAUAGAAGUGCUCGACGACAUGACCACUGACGCGUUCAUCAACGCUCUAAGAGCGUUCAUUGCCAUCAGAGGAAAUGUUCGUCAGCUUAGAAGCGAUCAAGGAACCAACUUCAUCGGCGCAAGGAGAGAGUUUGCACAACUCAUGAAAGGAAUGGAUGGAGAAAGAGUCAAGGCUCUAGGAUGUGAAUUUCUAAUGAAUUCCCCAGCGGCAAGCCAUAUGGGUGGCAUCUGGGAAAGGCAAAUCAGAACUAUAAGGAGUGUUCUCACUGCCAUUCUCGAUGAGUCAGCACAAAGAUUGGACAGCUCUUCUCUAAGAACUUUCUUAUAUGAGGUGAUGGCAGUUGUCAAUAGCAGACCACUUACCGCUGAACAUUUGAAUGACCCAUCCGCACCCGAACCUUUGACUCCGAACCACAUUCUGACGAUGAAGUCCACAAUUAUCCUUCCUCCACCUGGACAGUUCGUCAAAGAAGACCUGUAUCUUCAAAAGAGGUGGCGCAGAGUUCAAUAUUUGGCCAAUGAAUUUUGGAUUCGUUGGAAAAAGGAAUAUCUGCUGAGUUUGCAACCCCGACAAAAGUGGCAGAAGACAAGAAGAAACCUGAAGGUGAAUGACAUUGUGCUUUUGAAGGAUGAGCAAGCACCACGUAAUGAAUGGAAGCUGGCCAGAAUAGCAGAAGUCUAUCCCGAGUCAGAUGAUAGGGUGAGAAAAGUCAGAUUGCUGGUUAGUGACACCACAUUCAAUGACAAGGGUAAACAUACAACUAAAACAGUGUUUCUUGAUAGACCCAUACACAAGCUUGUGACCUUGAUUGAAGCAGAUUAAGAUGCUUAAUGUUUUCAUCAUUCCUUGUUGAGUGGUAAAGUUCUUUGAGAAUGUUUAAGAGUUGACUUGCAACAGUAUUAAGUUGUGAAGUAUUGAGAAAUCCCACAGUAAGAUUGUUGUGAUUUGGUGGGAGUGUAACUGUUGCUACUUUAAUUUUCAUAUUCAUUUAAUAUUCCUUUUCAUUUUGUAUAAGAAACUCAUUUUGUGAAUUAUCUGGUUAUUUUUGUAAUUGUUCACAUGCUUCUAUUAUGAAAGGCUAAGGGUACUUUUAUUUUGAAGCCUACGUUGAGCUGUCGUGCCUGUAGCGUUUGCCUAACGGCAGAGAGAAGCAAGCGUGGUCACUUCGUGACACACAGCGGCCCAGCUUAUGUGUGAUGCUGUCGAGCUACACAGUUAAAAGGUUACAUGGUGAAGACAGAAGAACUAGAUUUCCUUUCAUGGCAUGCAGCCAACGAGUUUCACGGUUUGCGGAGGUCUUUGGACGGUUGUGGAGAGUUGGAGACUUCAAUAAACCCGUUGAAGAAAUCACUUGCGUCUGCACAUGCUUGGGAGGG